AUGGGUGGAAGAGCUCCAGUGAAAACAUUCAUUCUUCGGUGCAUCGAAUGUGCUCGACAAAGAGGCAUAAGAGCACAACAACUCAUGGGUCAAUUGACACAAUCACGUAUCACUCCUUCACGGCCAUUCUCUCAUACUGGUAUAGACUAUGCUGGGCCAUUCACAAUCAAAACAUCAUCAGGCAGAGGAGCCAAGACUAGAAAAGCUUGGGUCUGCGUAUUUGUCUGCAUGUCAACUUCUGCAGUCCAUUUGGAAGCAGUUAGUGACUAUUCAACUGAAGCAUUUAUUGCUGCCUACAGGAGAUUCACCUCUAGACGAGGAUUAUGCCAGACAAUCUAUUCUGACUGUGGCAGAAAUUUCAUUGGAGCUGAGAUAGAACUCAAGAAAUUAUUCACACAAUUCACCAGAGAACAUGAGGUCAUCUCUAGAUUCAUCAUCACCAACGGCACUCAAUGGUCAUUCAACCCACCUGCAGCACCACACAUGGGUGGCAAGUGGGAGUCAGUAGUGAAAUCACUUAAAUUUUAUUUGACGAGAACAGUAAAAGAAUCACUCUUCACGUUUGAAGAGAUCACCACACUACUGACACAAAUAGAAGCCAUUCUCAACUCAAGACCUCUAGAGCCAAUCAGUGAUGACCCAGAAGUCAUUCAAGCACUCACUCCUGGACAUUUUCUUAUUGGGUCAGCACUCAACACUGUUUCUGAACCAUCAACCUCAGAACCUGCACAUUCAAUUCAAAAUCGAUGGCGGAUGAUUCAACGACAAUCACAGCAGUUCUGGUACAGGUGGUCACAAUCUUACUUACAAAAAUUACAAGCUAUUUCUAAGUGGUUUUUCAGGAACAGAACAAUUCAAGUUGGUGCAUUAGCCUUGCUAACUGAUGAAAGAUUUCCCCCCACGAAACGGCCACUCGUGAGGAUAAUUCAACUACACCCAGGGCAAGAUGGGCUUCCACGAGUAGCAACGGUGAAGACACCAACAACGACGUUGGUCAGACCAAUCGUCAAGCUAGCCAUUCUACCAAUCAACCCAACUCCUGAAGCCCAGCAGCAGAAUCAACCAGAAGACAAUCAUCAACCAGUUGCUGAUGGCGGGCGGCAUGUUGAGAAUUAA